AUGACUGCUAUCACAUGCCUAGUGACCGUGGGCAUCAAUGGAGCCCGGAGGAAGAUGCGGCUUGCGGAGGAGCCCAAUUGGCGUGCUCUGAAGGCAUCCGCCAGUGUUUGCAGUCUUCUGGCUGCAGAGAUCAACUUUGAUACCGACAGAUUUCAGAUUUUUGACCAAGACUUCAAUGAUUUUGUGGAUUUGUUGGACGAGGAUCCAAUCCCUGACAUGGCUGUUUUGCGCGUUGUGAAGCCAGCACAUCAGGCAGAAGCAUUCAUUGAAGAGGAGCCGACCUUAUACGAUGCAGAGAUUUCAGCAGGUGCCCUUGAAAGAAGCUUUAACGUCGCUACAAGCCAAGAGGACGAUGAUGGGAUGGGCUUUGCCCUCCCAGAUCUUCAUUUCCUCAACGGUGUUGUGAAGGAGAACAUCCCACUCACAUCGUAUAUAACAACAAGGAUUGUCGACUCCUUAUUUCAGGAAAUGACUGCGCAUACAAUGUAUCCAUCACACAAGUUUCACCAGGGCACUGCGUCCACGCUCGUGCGCCGCUACCCAGAGCUUGCUGAUCCCUGUGGCAGUGGACAUGCUUCUUGGGUUGUGAUGCUGCGGCAUAAAUUUAAGAAUGAAAGAAGGAAGCUGGCCACCGAUAGAGUGAUAAUAAAUAGGCAGAAGUUCGGCACUGCGGCAAAGCGGCCGAGAACAUCGAACGGUGCCGCUGCAGAAGUGUUGCAGCGUGGCAAAGUUGGACCCGUUUUGGCACAAGGUUUGGUGUCCAGCGGUGAGGACAGCUGCAGCCUUGCACAGCAUGAAGCCUGGCUGGUUUCCGAAUCUAAAAAGGCAAACCCUGACAGGCCGCAAAUGCUCUGCAGGCUGCAGCUGACCCACACUGCAAGAGCAAAGGACCUCUGCCAGAUGUCGCCCGUGGAAGCUAUGGAGAAAUAUCCGUACCUGGCAGACAAGGAAUGGGUAUGUGCUUUCAUUACAUAUUUUAUGUGUCGUGAACUUUCAGUGAAAGCUUUUGGAGGUUCCUGCAAAUAAUGUGGCUGCUUGGCUGUAUUUCAAUGCUCCAAGUAGAUCUUAAUGUCAGGUGCAAGAAAUUAUCUCUGAUCUUGCUAUUUGCAUGCCCAAAGUGCAGUCUGGUAUGUGUGUGGUACUACUAUUGAUAGCGAUUAGGCAAUGAGCUUUAGCUGCACUGCCAUAAAAUCGGCGCCAAUAAUUCAUAAAGCACUCCUGCUAACAAUGUGAAGCACAUAGUGCUCCCCGUACAUGUUUCCCAGUAAGGUUUACUGUUGCAGCAGCAGCCGCUUGCGCAACGGGGGGAAUAACGUCGUAAGCCUUUCAUAUAUAAAAGAACCAGCCCAACAACUGAUUUCAUUGUUGUUGCAGCCCUGCUAUGGAUAGCAGUGAUGGAAGCGUUAUUUUACUUUUUGGAGCAGCCUUCGGAGCAGAAAAAAUGCUACGUGGAGUAGCCAUAAGUCUUUUCGGAGCAGAAAAAAAUGCUACUUUCGAGCAGCCAUUGGUGUUUUC